AUGGCCGAGAAGAAUAACGAGACGGGCGAUUCUCGUCGCAUCUCCGAAGUGAAACAGACUCUUGAUCAAGGCCAGGAUGACGCGAUAGAGAUACUCGCCAACGAUGGCGAUGUCUUUGAGUACGACGAUAGCGAAGCGCGAAUGGUUCGCUGGAAGUUUGAUCUGAUUUUGCUCCCCAUGAUGGCCAUGACUUAUAUUUUAUCCUUCAUGGACAAAACUGCCUUAUCUGAAGCCUCCAUAUUUGGCAUCCAAGAAAGUAAUCAUUUAAUCGGACAGCAAUAUAGCUGGGCCAAUUCAAUUUUCUACUUCGGCUAUCUAUUUGCCCAGUACCCAAGUUCAAUUUUGAUGCAAAAGCUACCUAUCGGAAAGUACUUUGGCAUUAUGAUUAUCCUUUGGGGUGUGGCAACGACUUGCACCGUCGCGAGCCAGAACUUUGCAGCUCUGGCCGUUUGUCGAUUCUUCCUGGGUGCCUUCGAGACAUGUAUCUCGCCAGUUCUUACGAUCCUCGUUGGGCAAUACUGGACUCGGAAAGAGCAACCUCUCCGAGCUUCGAUUUGGUGGGCCGGUGGAGCUGUCGGCGGAUUCAUUGCGGAUUCCAUCACCUAUGCUGUCUCUGGGGGUGCACUCAAACAUUCGAAAUAUGAGACAUGGCAGAUUGUUUUUCUGGUCUUCGGUCCCAUCACUAUUGCAUGGGGAUUUUUCCUUUACUUUCUCAUGCCGACGUCUCCGAUGACGGCAUGGUUUCUCACAGAGCGCGAACGAAAGAUUAGUGUGAUUCGGGUCGCGCAAAACCACACCGGUAUCGAAAACAGACAAUAUAAGCUGUACCAAGCAAAAGAGGCUCUUCUCGAUGUCCAAGUGUGGAUGCUAUGCGCUCAGGCAUUUUUACAGUGUAUCCCCGGUGGGGGCCUAACAGCCUUCUCAAAGCUCAUUAUUCGGGGCAUGGGUUACUCAGAUCGCGAGUCUGUUAUCAUGUCUAUGCCCUCCAAUGCAGUUCAACUAGCUUCCAACGUAGUAGCCGGUACCGUCUCACAGCUACUACCAAACUCUCGAUGCGCAAUGAUGAUCUCAGCAAACGUUAUUGUGUUGAUAGGAAGUGCUUUGGUCGAGAUCACAUUUGUCAAUACUGUCCCAUACAUUAUGUGUAUGAGCUUGAUAGCAUCGAAUAUUGGCGGUUUCACCAAGAAAACCACCACCGGGGUAAUGAUGUUCAUGUCUUACAGCGUGGGUCAGAUUGUGGCUCCGCAGUUCUUCCUAUCCCGGGAAGCUCCACGGUACCCAACAGGAUUCCGCGCAUUCUAUGUGAGCGUGGCACUGAUGAUCGUGAUUGAAGUUGCCAUGAUUGUCUAUCUCUGGAGACGGAAUAUCAAGAAAGAACGAGCGGCCACCAGCACUACGAACGAGGCAUCGAGGUUUUCCUUUGCAGAUUUCCAGGAUUUGACUGACAAGGAGCACCCCGAUUUUCGAUAUGUGUUUUGA